AUUGAUACGGUUUUGCCUGCAUGCGUUGGCUUCUGUCAACUUUCUUUCUUCAAUGAAACUUCCUGCUGAGAAACGAAUAAUGUAAUGCAAAACGAGUCAACGUUAACAAUUUCAUUAUCACACGACAAAUCAAUUGUAGACGUUUGCAUGGACUAUGAACUUCAGAUAACUCGCAGUGAAAUGCAAUACACGAGAAAAUGUGUUUUCAGUUUAGCUGAUUGAAAUGGUCAUCUGCAGCUAGCUUCCCAGGAGCUUCUCUAAGCUUUCUUUCAACCAAACUAUUUCAACCCAUAUGGUCUUUUGAAAGAUUGAGUUCUUGAAAAACAAAGUUUCCCAUGAUUUUCCCGGGAAACAUUGAUUUGCUUAAAGUCGUUUCUACCCUCAUCAGACAACUUCACAACUGCAUUUGAUUUGGUUCUUUUACUUGUCCCCACCAGCUUGCUAGGAAAUGAUUAUAGAUGUUCAAUUGAACGAGAAUGAUACUAUAAUGAAAAUGAACGUAUCUGCUACGCUUUUGUUUGUUUCCUCUCCUAACAUAUAAAAGUAUGGUGUGCUCAGGAAUCUAUUGUAAGAAUUUUGUGUUUCAUUCAGUCUUUGAAGGGAGUGGGGAAAAGGCUUGACACUUGGAUUGCUGGGAUAAGACCAAAUUGUUGCAGUUCAUUGUUUAUGCUUGAAAACAUUGGAUCUUUUCUUGAAAGGAAAAGAGAGAAGCAAUUCUCUGGUGUUGGUUUCAACUUUCAACCUCUGGGCAAUACACACUCCGGUUUAAUUAGAAAUUCAGUACAUACAAUGGUUGGAUUGGAACUCAUACCCAUAGGUACAAUAUUGACUGUUCUAAACAGCCAGAUUGUGAAAACAGCUAAUGCAGCAAUCGAUGUUGUUAUUGAUAAAGAAAGUUUCAAAGUCCUCUCAAAACACCUGCUUGAUAUUGCCCCAGUCCUAAAGGAAUUGCAGCUUCAGGAAUUGAAUGAGUCUGAAGCUGCAAGGGUUGCUCUGGAGUCUCUUGAAUCAGAUAUCAAAAAGGCGAAUAAUUUGGUUGAGAAGUACAGGAACCGUGGCCGUUUCUACCUGCUGUUGAGGUGCAGAUACAUAGUCAAGGAAGUUGAACAAGUCACAAGAGACAUUGGAAGGUCUCUGGCUGCACUGUCCAUUGCAAACACUGAAGUCCUAUCAAGAAUUUCUGAUCAGGUCAACAGGUUACAGAGUGAAAUGCAAACGGUGGAGUUUGAGGCUUCACAAUCUCAGCUUCAAAUUGUUGACAAGUUGAACCAUGGAAUUAGGGAGCAGAAACUCGAUCAGGCUUUUGCAAAUGACGUGCUUGAGGAAAUAGGAAGGGCAGUUGGGGUGCCGGUGGAGCCUUCAGAGGUAAGCAAAGAGCUAGCCAGCAUUAGGAAGGAAAUGGAAGAAGCAGCCACCAGGAAAGAAAGAGCUGAGUUUAUUUUUUUGGAGCAGAUCAUUGAGCUACUAUCUCGAGCUGAUGCUGCAAGGGAUUAUGAAGAAGUUAAGAAGCAAUACUUUAGAAGGGUUCAGGUAAUUGAGAGAUAUGAUUCAAGGGAAAAAUAUAUCCGACCACUUAAUUCUUUCCUUUGUCCCAUAACUGGAGCUGUUAUGGUAGAUCCUGUCAGCCUUUGCACUGGUACUACAUGUGAGAGAUCCGCCAUUGAAGCUUGGUUUGAUGAUGGAAACAGGAUUGACCCAGAAACAAAAGAGGUUCUUGAAGAUACUACCUUGAGAUCCAAUGUUCGAUUAAGAGAAUCCAUAGAAGAGUGGAGAGAAGUCAAUUACUGCUUUGGAAUAAGGUCUAUCAAGGAAAGCCUAUUAUCCAAUUCUGACUUAUUAGUGCAAGAAUCUCUGAGCCAAAUUCAGGCUCUCAUUAGAGAGAAUUCCAUUAACAAGGAUUGGAUUUCUAUAGGAGAGCUUACUGAUAUUAUUAUCUCUAUCCUUGGGGAAUCUGAUUCCACAGAUGCCAAGAUGAAGAUCUUGAUUACUUUGAAGGAUUCUGUACAGGGGCAUGCAAGAAACAAGGAAAAAGUGGUUGAAUCUCAAGGUUGGUAUCACAUUAUUUCCUGCUUAGGGAGUGACUCUAGAAUUUCAAAGGAAGCAAUUGAUUUGCUAUAUGAGUUACUUCAAAACCGAUCUGGUUGGAAUAAAAGCUUCUGCAAAAAACUCUCUGAUCAUCCUAGUGCAGUUUCUUACCUUGUUACUCUUCUAAAGGGUCCUGUAAGCAAUUCAGCUGGGGUUUCAGAAAAGAUUUUGAUGGAGCUUUCUGAGAUAGACGAGGAAAACAUUUCAGCUGCUGCAAAGUUUGGCUGGUACAAACCUCUUACUGAUCGCAUGAUUCAAGGAUCGGAGUCUUCACGAAUGUCAAUGGCGAGAGCCAUAGUUAAUUUGGAGUUGAAAGAUUUGAACUUGAAACUCCUUGGCGAGCAAGGAGUUAUACUUCCUUUGCUAGAAAUGCUAUCUGGCAGCAUUGAAUCUAAAGAACUGUCACUGUCAUCCCUGGUUAAACUAGCAAAAUUGCAUGCCAAUAAGGGGAUUAUUGCAGCAUCUGGAGGUGUGCCUCUUGUUUUAGAUUUGAUGUUCUUUUGCAGGAUGCGGCCAUUCAUUACCAUUAAAUGUUGUGAAAUCCUUGAGAAGCUAGCUUCAGAUGAUGAUGGAAUUGAUUUCUUAGUUGAUGGAAAAGGAAAUCAACUUGAGUUAGAAAACAUCAUCACCAAUUUGCUAGCUCUAACUCAGGGUCCAAACUCAGCUCACUACCGAAAGCCUGCAUUACGUGCUCUUCUUGGAAUUUGUAAGUUUGAGACUGGUUUAGUGAAGAAGGCAGUUCUGGCAGCCAAUGGGAUAUCUCUAAUCCUCCCCAUUCUUGAUGAUUCUGACUCAGAAAUCAGGGAAACUGCCAUAAAUAUUCUGUUUCUUUUCUCCCAACAUGAACCACAAGGACUAGUUGAAUACCUCUUCAGUCCAAGAAGACUACAAGCUUUAGUUGGGUUUCUUGAGAAUGACGACAAUGAUGAUGUGCAAAUGGCUGCUGCUGGUUUACUAGCCAACCUUCCAAAAUCAGAACGGGAACUCACUAUGGAGUUGAUUGACCUGGGAGGCCUUGAUGCAAUCCUAAGCAUUUUAAAAAAUGGUACAAUGGAAGCAAAAGAAAAUGCUCUCAGUGCCCUCUUCAGAUUCACAGACCCCACAAAUAUCGAGUCACAGCAUGAUUUGGUUAAACGAGGACUAUAUCCUUUGCUUGUAAAUUUUCUCAACACGGGUUCAGUAACAGCAAAGGCAAGAGCAGCAGCAUUCAUUGGUGAUCUUUCUAUGAGCACUCCAAAGCUCACAGCUGUUUCCAAAUCAACCGGUUGCACUCGUUGGUGGUGUUUUAGACCAUCGAAAGUCCCUUUAUGUUCAGCACAUGGGAGUGUAUGCAGUGUGAGUUCCACAUUUUGUCUGUUGGAAGCAAAUGCUUUGCCCGGCUUGAUAAGGCUGUUACAUGGGGAGGUUCAUGCAACUGCUUAUGAAGCUAUACAGACUCUUUCCACAUUGGUUUUGGAAGACUUUCCCCAAAGGGGAGCUCGUGUGUUGCAUGAGUCAAAUGCAAUGAGACCCUUAUUGGAAAUUUUGAAUUGGGGAACUGAUUCUCUCAAAUCAGAAGCUAUAGGACUCUUGGAGAAGGUGUUUGUGUCAAAGGAAAUGGUCGAAUACUAUGGAACAAGGGCUAGGUUAAGUCUACUUGGUCUGACUGGCAUCACUGUAUAUGGGGAUGGCCACCUAAGGAGAAAGGCUGCCAGGGUACUGUCAUUGCUUGAACGCUAUUCAAAGUCGUCAUCAUCUGCAUUCUCUGGAGUUCAGGAGUGAAAACAAAAAAAUUCUGUUCUAUGCCCAAGAGUUAGUACUUAGAAUUCAUUUGCUCCAAAAUCUUUCUAUGCUUCUCUUAACUAAUUGGGAAGUUGUCAAUUGAACUAGUUAUCUGCAAUCCACUGAGUUUGUAUAUCUUGGAUGCGGACCAAAUGGCCAAUUCUUCAAUAUCGAGUCCCUAUUGAAGUUCAUUCUGUGUAGUUUCUUCUUUUUGUUUACCACUUCUCUGCAUUAUUUUUGCUACUUUAAAUUCCAUAGCACUUUCAAAAUAACUCAGGAGUGGAUCAACUGUACUUUUUGAAAAGAAAUAAAGCUGAGCAAUUUGUAGUUACA